UCGGCCCCCGCGUGUGACUGCAGCCCGGCUGCUGACGGGAUUCUGUGGGAGACAGUUGGGCCGUUCUAGCUCGGAGAUUCCAAGGCGGGCUUCUGUGACCCAAGAAGCCCAAGGUUCCAGGGGAGAGCAUUUCUUCCCGGCCUUCCAAAGUGGGAAAUGUUUGAAAUAUAAUUGAAGCAACGUAUUGAGAAGGAAGCAAGUAGGAAGUUAGACGUAUGGAGAUCGCUGACAAUCGUGUGCUGGCAGGUAUGGUAGAAAGAAGCUUAGCGUGCGAAUGGACACUGUGCCUCUGGCAGCGUUUAUAAUAAGGAACUCCCACACACCUCCACCUGAAAAACCGGCUUCAGAGUGAAGGAAGAAAAAAGGUUUUGGUCAUACCCCUGACAUUUGAUUUUCGGCUGGAAUUUGAAGAGGCUCUUGCUACAACCAAAGCUAAGGCACUAUCAAAGAUCAGAAAAAACAAGUUGAGUGACAUCAAAAAAACAAAAACGCUGUAAUUGAUGAGGACUGAUGACUGACAACAGAAAAACAUCCAACCCCAAAGACAUCUCAAGUGGUUAGGCUUCCACAGUGCCUACUGCAAAGUUACAGUUGGACAAUCUUUCUGUUCAAUGGAUACCCAAAAUGUUGCACCUAGAUCUGUUAUAGACAACAGUAGAGUUUUCAGUGGAAAUUUUAAACAAGUGGGACCAAGAUCUUGAAGCAUUUCUUUGAAGAAUUGUGAUGGGAGAUGAAACAUGGCUUUACCAGCAGGAUUCUGAAGACGAAGCACAGCAUGUCUCUUUCAAAUGUGAGCAUAAACCUGGAAAGAAUGAUUUUGAAAAGUCAAACCUUGGACCACACCUUGUUCCAACAAAUACAAAAAAUGAAGAAAGUAAGCCAAUAGAAAAAAUAGAAGAAAAUCUAAAAUCAAGAUCUGUUGAACUUUUUCAUUAUCUUAAGGAUACACCUGAGUUUUUCAUUUCGUUUGCUGUUCAUCUGGAAAAUGCAGAGCCCUGGUGUGUUCUAUAUUCCCAGCCUCUACACGCCUGUGGAAGGUCCUGCGGUUCUACAGUCUUGUCUCCUGUACUCAGCUCCCACACUAACACCUGUGAAAAGGAAAAAGGUUCUGUUUCAUGCACAGCUCAAAUUGAAAACAAAACUGGGAAAUUAUUGGAUUCUUUUGUCCAGUUAGAAGAUGAUGUCAAUAAAAGAAGGAAAGCCCCUCCACAGAUGAAUGAUAUUAACACAAAAGAAAAUAAGUCAACCAGAAAUUGUCAAUUAAGUGAUUAUUAUUCAGUAAGAAAGAAAAGUUUGGUCCCCUUAUGCUUUGAGGAUGAACUGAAAAAUCCAAAUGCCAAGAUCAUUUGUCCAGCGAAAAGAGAACCUUUUCAUAUGGAAGAAAGUGAAACAAAUCCCAUCAUUUUCCAUGACACAAGAAAUGUACAAAUGUUGCUUUUGACCAAAAAUAGACAUUCUACUUAUCCUUUGAACAAUGAAAACACUUAUUUACGUAAAAGAACAAACUUUAUUUUAGAAAGAAAUUGUGAUGUUCACAAAUCUUUAGUUAGUGGUCAAUCUAUCACUCUUUGCAAACCCCAGAAAACUACAUCUAUAGCACGGAGGAAUGAGACACGACCCAUGCCCUUUGAAGUGGGCCGCAGGAUCACAAAGGAGAAAAGUAACAAUCAGAAGUUAGAAAAUGGAUCUUGCAAUAGGUCCCCACAGGCUUCUUCCAGCCUCACCAAAAAAAUUGUGCAUUACCUGGAUAAAACUGUUGUUCAAGAAAUGAAUACUAAAGUUGGCAAAUGUGAAAAAAUGUUUUACACAGUAAAACGAACGGACACACACAAAUUUGGUACCUCACCUUUCACUUGUUUCUCAAAGCCUGUCAAAAAUAUACUCAAAAUACACAAAUCAAAGAAUAUAACACCACUGGAUGAUUUGUUAAAUUUGCCAGAUGAAAAUUAGUUACCUCACAAAGCACCGUUUGUUCAGCAAUCUUGGGGUGAAAAGAAGCAAAUAAUUGUUUCAAGAUUAUAGACGAAAUUCUUUCUCAUUUAGUAAUAUUUUAAUGGAUGGUACAAGAAAGGUACAGAAAUUGGAAUUAACAAAUAAAAGUGGUCUGCUCAAGAACAAUCAACACUCGUAGUAAAUAAUACAAAAUUAGAAAGUAACUAACAAGAGGAAUUAGUUCAUUACUUAUUUCAGUUAUUUAGACUGAUCAAUCAAUAACAUUCCUACAAUAAAUUCUGAUUUGGUACUCAAA